GAGCUGAACCAGACCGAGAUAUUCCGAACUCUCGAAGUGGUCGAGAGAGACUCUCUCGCCAUCGCCGACAGCUUCACCACUCUCUUCGCCUCCCUUCGGUUGGCUCUCUCUGAGGUCACUAGCAACUCGGUUGAUCACAUGCAUUGCUUUAGCGAGGCUGCUGGCCGCCUUCAAGAAUCCGUGCUUGAUUCUGCUACCAAGGGAAAUCGGUAUAUAAAUUCAAGUCUCAGAUUGAAUGAAGAAAUGAAGGGCAUAGACAGUCUAGCAUUGCAGCUAAAAAUCUUGAGGAGAAAUGUUGAUGCUCUAGACUCAGGUGUUAACAAGCUCCUCCGACUUCCGUGAUGUAGACCUGUCGACCUGCCAGACGUAUGAUUGCAUCAGUUAUCGAUGUGGGAACUUCUCUUCCAAUUUCAUUGCUUAUUUAUUAUUGUUUUGCUUGGAAAUUAUUGUCAUUAUCGGUGUCAGGUCAUGGGACAGCUUCAUCAGAACCUUUGUUACGUAAUUAAUGGGCGAAAUGGUUGUCCGAUUGGCUGCAAAUUAAGUAGAUGUGCUGCUUUGUUAGCUAGCCAAUAGGUGCAGAACGUUGAGAGCAUUUCUAGACUGUUACAUUGUAAGCAAAUAUUUGUGUGCAGUAACUCGAGAGAUUAGUGUACAGAUUUUAUCUUCUUCAUUCGUUUUAGGCCUUUUCAAGUGUUGUCUAUUUCAAAAACUCUAAGCAGAUUUCUUCCUUAACUCGAUCUUUAAUUGAAUUA